AUGAUAACUUUCAGAGUUGGAAGAGAAGGACUUCGUGUGAUCAAGCUUGCGUAUGCUUCAAGGAGAUCGCUGAGUAUUUGCAUAACAGGAAUCGGCAACCCGGAACCGCAGUAUGCUUUGAGUCGACACAACGCGGGUCUCUUGAUGCUGGACUUGCUGAAAAGCCAGUUUUCGCAGUUUUCAAAGCCUUAUAUGCCAUGCAAUGCCAAUUCCAAAGUGAGACGGUGUCAAUUGGGCGAAAUCUUGCUGCUUCGUGCAGAUGGGGAUUAUAUCAAUUUGAGCGGAAAAACCGUUGUUCCGCUAUGGAAAAAACUUGGACCUGGCGUCCAACACAUAGUGGUUCACGACGAGCUGAGCUUGACGCUAGGGAAGGUGCAACUUCGCAAACCAGAAACGAGUGUGCGGGGCCACAAUGGCUUGAAAGACCUGACCAGACAUUUCGGAGGAAAUUUCUAUCGUCUUGCGGUUGGGAUCGGAAGACCGCUGCAAAGAGAUCCAGAAGUAGUCGCGAAAUAUGUACUGUCGAAAUUCACCAAGGAGGAACUACAGGUCAUGGAAACAGAAAGCGCUCCCAAAGCAAUGCAGCAUUUGCAGCAUUUGCAGAAACUACUACGAACAAAAGACACUAAUGAGCAAAAUUGA